UUUUAUUACAUUCCGCCACUUUCCCUUACUCUUGCGGGCUACCUGUGCAAAGACCAGCGGAUUUGCUCAUGAAAAAAAUAAUGGCGGACGAAAAUGAAGAAACUUCUACAUUUUUAGUUCUUUUUGCUCAAGAACACGUCGAUUUUAGAGUUCCGAGUCCUUUUCUUGAAAUAGUCCUUCCACUUGAAGAUGAUGCUCAAAAAAUGCUUUCAAGAUCUUUAUCUAUCAAAUCUCUAUUUGAACUUUGGGGAACCGGCAAAACAUUAGAUCAACUAUGUGAAGAUCUUAAGAAAUAUCCAACUAGGAGAAUGCAACCCUAUUGCAGCAAAGAAGCAACAUUCAGAAUCAAUGUGGAAACUUAUAACAAAAAGAUACCUCAAUCACAUAGGGAGCAUUAUUAUGAGGCACUUUCAUUUUUACCAUUUAAAGGAAAAGUUGCUUUGGAUAAUCCAGAAAAUCAGUUUUCUCUUGUCCUGGACUUUGGGCAAGAUACAAAUGUAGCAGCUGAAACRCCUUGUAGAUAUUWUUUUGGASGUUUGAUUGGUAAAGGACAACGUCACUUAUGUCAGAAAUACUCUUUGAAGGAUAGGUACUUUAUUGGUAAUACAUCAAUGGAUCCAUUGCUAUCAUUCUUUAUGGCUAAUCAAGGACAGGUAUGUACAACAACAUCAGAUGCAGAACUUGGUUAUCCAUCGAUACACCUUGGACGGUUAUCAGAUAUUAUACUAAGUCUUCUGCACUUCUCGUCACAGUAUCUCUGUUUAAAUGGUCGGCUUGUAUUUUGGUUACCUGUCUACAAACCAAGUUAUUCYGACAGCAAAGUCCCUCAUCAUCCAUGCUUUCGACUUGUGGCAAACAGCGAGCAAAACUUAUUCACGAAUAUCUCVAGACGCCUUCUUACCAUGGAAAAGACGCACGAGUACAAUAAGUCUGUGACUAUGGACUCUCUCCGUGACAAGAACAGAGAAUUUGAAAUAAUGUGUGAUAAGUUUAGAGAAAAUUAUUUUACGCCGUCGAACUCCAGCUGAUAG